AACAGUUCGGGAUGUCAUUCUCAGUACGAUCGUAGCGGGCAACGCACGCGUUAUAAAAAUAACAUUGUUAUAAUAUAUCAAUUAAAAGGAAUAACAAUUUAAUAUACUAUUAGCAGUAACGUAGCAGAACGUAGCGGACCUCUACGUGUUGCGCGUACAGCAGUGCGUUCCGAAAUUUUAUAUUUGUGUACGAUAUACGAAAUAUAAAAAUGGCCACCAAGAAUGUGCAGAAUGUUGAGACCGGCAAUGUGAGCCAGCAGGAAGCUGGAGAACGGGCUUCCAAACCGCGCCUGUCUCGUCUCGGGACUGGUUCCAUCAUCGGUCUGUCGGAUGUGACUGAAAACAAACUGAUAUGGCGCCAGCUGGUCGCGGAGCUGGUUGGGACCUUUCUGCUGGUGUCUGUGGGUGUAGCUUCCACCAUCGCUAUCACGGAGAUGAAUGCUCCUAUAACCACCAGCAUCGCGCUGUGCUUCGGAUUACUCGUCGGAUCUAUCGUGCAGUGCAUCGGUCACGUGUCUGGAGGUCACAUAAACCCGGCCGUAACCCUCGGACUGCUGGCAUCUGGUGACGUCAAAGUGUUGAAAGCCAUCUUCUACAUAGUGGUACAAUGUCUCGGAGCUACAGCUGGAGCUGCUUUCAUAAGGUUGGCUGUACCUGAGAGCAGAGUGUUUUCAUUCGGUGUAACACAACCAGGUCCAGGGGUCACUGACGCUCAGGCAUUGCUGGUGGAGGCACUGAUAACGUUUAUGCUGGUGUCAGUGGUGCAGGGAGUGUGCGACGCCGGUCGUAAUGACAUCAAAGGUUCAGCACCCCUGGCUAUUGGGCUAAGCAUCACCGCCUGCCACGCUGCUUGUAUUCCAUUUUCUGGUUCAAGCAUGAACCCCGCGAGAUCUUUCGGGCCGGCUCUCGUUAUGGGCAACUGGAACGCACACUGGGUAUACUGGGUGGGUCCGGUCCUGGGAGGAGUCCUCGCCGGCCUGGUGUACAGGUUCGUGCUCCGCAUCAACAAAGCCGGCGACAGCGGCUCCUACGACCUGUAGACGGAGUUGCGCCGCCAUAACACCCGCCCGAGAGUCAAUGUCGGUUUUGCAUUCAAUAAACGCGAUAUUCAAGAAAACAUUUCACGCCGCACUGCAAAAUCGAUCUCCAUUCACGGGACGGGUUUAUAAGCUCAUUGAUGAAAACUUAUAUAAAACAAAUGUUAUAUAUAUAAAUAUAUAUAGUAUAUAUUGUCACAUAAGGUUGAUCGAUGGGCUUAUACAUGAUUGUUAUUAUUAUAAGAAUAUUGAUUGUAAUCCAAAGUCCACAUCUGAUAUGAUAACUAAUGUUUUUAGUGAGAGCAACACUGUUUGAAAAUCAUCUCAAAUUGCCUACCUGGUUCUAGUAAAAUUGUAUAUUACAUUUGAUUUUCUUAUACUGUAUUAAAAUACUACGAUGAAAAUGUAUAAUUUAAUCUGGAAUUAAUGAUUAUAAAGUGUUAGCUUACGUUGUGUAAAAAAAAAAAACAUACAAAGACUAUGAAUGUCAUAAGUGUAAGUUAAAUUAUAUUAUUUAGUUAUAUGUUGUAGGGUACACAGUACACAAGUAUUAAACUUAUUUAUGCUACGUGAUCGAAAUGUAAAUUUAUAAUCGACGUUUGUUGCUCGGCUGCCCGGGGACGGCGUGGCGGGCGUCACUCACGGAUGUUAAUAAAAGUUAUUCAACA